AUGUCUUCGCGCGUCCCGGUCUCGUUGAGGGAGACCUUCAACACCCAGAGAGCAAAUCCCAGGAACCAGGCCCUGCUGUUUAACAUCGGAGUCAUCCGAAAUAUCGUCUUUGUCUACUUCAUCCUACGCUGGUCUUCAAAGGCCGCCCGCCAAUUACGAGGAUAUGGAAUAAUCGGCACUAUCGUUAUUUUUUACAACUACCUCCGAAGCACGGCAUAUGGCAUAAUACUGCGAGCUCCUGGCGUGAAGGGGAAAGUCAAAGCACAGCUCGAUGAAGCAACGGCGAAACUAGAGGAAAAGAUGGUGGUUCGGGAUCCUAAUCUUGUCCGCCAUCUAGCUCUACCGAAAAAUGGUAUAAGUGCCGAUAAGAUCAGGGAAGAGCUAGCAAAAUUGGCCGAUUUAAAGCACACCAAUUGGGAGUCUGGCCAAGUAUCUGGUGCUGUAUACCACGGUGGCAAAGAACUCCUCGAUUUGCAGACCGACUGUAUGAGAUUGUUCUCUGUUAGCAAUCCCCUGCAUCCCGAUGUAUUCCCCGGUGUUCGAAAGAUGGAAGCCGAGGUCGUCGCCAUGGUUUUGUCUAUGUUCAAUGCACCACCCGGAGGUGCCGGUGUCACUACAAGCGGUGGAACAGAGUCUAUCUUGAUGGCCUGCUUGUCUGCAAGGAACAAGGCAUAUGUCGAGAAAGGUGUAACUGAACCAGAAAUUAUCAUCCCCAAGACUGCCCACGCUGCCUUCGACAAGGCCGGUUAUUACUUCAAGAUGAAGGUCCACCACGUCGAAAUCGACCCAAAUACCUACAAGGUCGACCUCAAGCGUGUCGCCAAGUUGAUCAACUAUAACACUGUUCUCCUCGUCGGAUCUGCCCCCAACUUCCCUCACGGUAUCAUUGACGAUAUCCAAGGUCUCAGCCGCCUCGCCCUUCGCAAGAAGAUCCCACUCCACGUCGAUGCCUGCCUUGGUUCCUUCAUUGUACCAUUCCUCGAGAAAGCUGGCUUCAAAUCAGAACCAUUCGAUUUCAGACUUAAGGGUGUAACUUCAAUUUCAUGCGAUACCCACAAGUAUGGCUUCGCCCCCAAAGGAAACUCCACUUUGAUUUACCGCAACUCCCAACUCCGUGCCUACCAAUACUACAUCAAUACCCACUGGACUGGUGGCAUUUACGCCUCUCCCAACCUUUCCGGCUCCCGACCAGGCUCCCUAAUCGCCGGUUGCUACGCCUCCAUGAUUUCCAUGGGCGAAAACGGCUACAUCUCAUCCGCCCACGCAAUUGUAAGCUGCGCGCAACGUCUAGCAACCGGGAUCACAGAAAACCUCUCACCAGACCUCUUCGUCAUGGGUGAACCUCUCGUUUCCGUCGUAGCUUUCACUAGCAAAACGAUUGAUAUCUACGAUCUUGCGGAUGAAUUAUCAAAGCUUGGAUGGCAUUUAAAUGCUCUACAAGAUCCUCCAGCUGUUCAUAUGGCUUGUACUACUUUGACAAUUAAGAGCGUUGAGACUUUGUUGAAGGACCUUGGAGAGGUGUUGGUUAUGGUUAAGGCUAGAGGCAAGGGUGCCGCCAAAGGCGAUACUGCAGCGUUGUAUGGUGUUGCGGGUAGUGUGCCAAAUCGCAGUGUAGUUGGAAGUUUGGCGACGGCGUUUAUUGAUACUUUGUUCAAGGCUUAG